AAAGACCACCCGAUGUAGCUUACCCUUCUGAACACUCGAUUCUAUUGGACCAACUGUAGGUGCAGGGCCUGGCUUAUCAUUGAAGGCAACACGUGUUGUGGCAAAAUGAAAUUAUUAAGAAAGUUGAUGGAUGAAGCAGCAGGCAGGGCUCCAUGGACCACCCCAGAAACCGGAUCUACUAAGCCAGAGUCUCCAGUGAAACACAGUGAAAAGAAAACAUCAGCUGGAGGAAGGUUUAAGGCUUUUACACUGCCUCCCAUCUUAAAACGCAGAUCGAAGGGUAACACCGACACCAGUGCUUCGGAUGACCCCGACACAUCCAUUGUUAUUAGCCCUCCACCCCAGGAGGUGUUGACUUUUGAGCAGAACCUUCAGAGAAAUUGCUUGGAUGUGGCUGGUCAACAGCUGAUUGACAAAGAGGAGUAUUUAUAUGGACAGGUCUCAGAAGAGGUGUCUCAGUUCAACACAGAGUGGGAGAUGGAGAAAGAGCAGCUAGCCAGCGAUCACCAAGACUUACUCAGCCACAUCGACCUGACUGUGAAGAGUUCUCUCAGUCUGGACAAAGACGGUCUGCAGGCUCUGAAGUCUGCAGUGAAGGCUAUCCUGCAAGAAGAGGAGCAAGAUAGACGAUGGCUGAAUCAGGACGGUAAACGGCCUGCCUGGAGGCCCAGUGAAUGCAGGCAUCACCACAACACUGUCCUCAAGAGCCUGGUGGAGGAGCGUAUGGUCAAUGCUGAAUUGUCUCCUGAAGAGAGCAACGAGCUACGCUCUUCCCUGCAGAGGGAUGUUUGUGGGAAGGGUAGAUGCCUGCAGAAGGACCUGUUGAGGGUGGUGAAAGAGGUGAAGGGCUGCUACCCAAAGGAUAUGGAUAUCUGCAACCUCUAUGGAAAGAUGUACCACCAAGCCUUUAGCACAGAGAUAAGAAAGAUUUUGGAGUAUGGGCUGGGCAUGGCCGACUGCUCUUAUCUCCUGUAUUGGGUGAACGUUGCCUACCCAGAAAUUCUACAAAAUCCAGAUCUGAAAAAAGAGAUUAACUGUGAAACAUUGGGAAAGCUGUUGUCUUUGGAAUUGACCACACCACUGGAGGAGCAAUAUCUUAGUCACCAAGAGACAGGGGUUCAAACAUUACUCAACAAAAUGCUGAAGGAUGUGGAGCAAGCCUGGAGGGAGGGUUCUGAGUCUGAGCUCAGAGACAACUGUUACUUUAGCCCCUUGGCUAUCGACGUCAUUCAAUGCAUUAAUGCUGCAGUGAUAUCUAUAGAGACAGUUUUGGAAGACACUUCCAAAGUCCAAAUUAUUGUGUGCCUGUUGAAAGACUUCUUGAAUAGCUACAAGCAAUUCCAGGAAAAAGUUAUCAAGGGAGUCAACCAAAAAAACAGCAGAACUGUGAUCAUGGCCAAUCUUGCUUGUGUUGAACAAUUCAGGGACUAUAUUGUGAAGAAAGCAGAUAUCUUUCCAUUGGAUGUAAAAGAAUGCUGUCUGUCCAUAAUAGCUGAUCUAAAGAACUGUGGCUACACGUUUUUAACAAGCCCCAUACACAAGGAUCUCAAGUCUCAAUACAAAGCUCUGGGGACACCUGUCUGGUUGGAGAAGAAACAUGUGUUUGAAACACUGUUAAAAGGAAUUAGCGAACACAUCCAGGAUCUUAAGGGCUUGACUGACACCUGCCAUCAGGAGCUGCUGAGCCAGCUUCACUUGGAGGUGACAGUGGAGUACGUGAGGAGGCUUCUACAGAGGAAGAUCAAGCUUAGAGACAAAGAAAUGCAGGAGCAGGCUGCCAGGUCUGUGUGUGAGGAUGGCCAGAGACUACACGAACUGUUCACUGAAGCGGGUUCCAGGCAGGAGUGGCUCUCUGAGGUCCUGGCCAAGAUUGCUGAAGUGCUGAGGCUCCAAGACAUUUCGUCUAUACAGCUUGAGAUUGCGACGCUGAGUCAAACAUACCCUGACCUCAGUGAAAUCCAGGUGUCUGCUCUACUUAACCUUAAGUCCAACCUUUCUGCCUCGGCUGUGAAAAGAGUGAAGAAGACUUUCGUGGUCAACCAGGACACCACCAGCUCUCGGGAUACCCCAUCUUUUUUUUCCAUGGUGCAGGUUAAAUGAGUGUGGAAUGUUCUUAUUUAGCAGUGUUAACCAUCCAGUGUUUAUCCAUUGUCCUGUGUGCUUCACUGUAUAGGUAGAUGCAAAAUAGCCUUUGGAUUUUGGGCAUUCUUAAAGAGACUUACAUUGUAAGCAUUUGAUGGUGCAAUGUAAUAUACAAAUGUAUAUACAUGUAAUGUAAUAUAAAUGUUAUGCUUUCGUCCUUAUGAUGUACCUUGGGGUAGCAAAUGUUUUUACAGCUACUUCAGUGUCUGGAGACAAAUAAAAUGCUAAUGUAUUUGAGGCAUUUUCUUUGCUUUAUGUAAAGAAAAUGCCUCAAAUAAUCCUUUAGGUGAGUGUAUGUUAAUAUAGAUUCCUUAAUAUGUAGAUUGUGGUUUGUGUCUGGAUUUAUUUAUAUAAUAAAAGGGUGCUUUCCAAGUA